GGGCUGAGUUGGCCCGACUUGCCUGCGUGCCCUCCCUGUAGGCUGGCCGGGGAGUCGCCAUGGCGCCUAAAGGAAAGGUAGGAACCAAAGGCAAAAAGCAGAUAUUUGAAGAAAACAAGGAUACCCUCAAGUUCUACCUGCGGAUCAUCUUAGGGGCGAAUGCCAUUUACGGAAUUGUCAACCUUGGGAUCUUCUACAUAACAGCUACCAUUUGGACUUGGGUUGCUUUUGUGUUCAGCUUGAUGGUCUAUGGGGCUAGUUACCAAUCAAUGAGGUCAAUGGCAAAGCCUACUUUUGCAGAGGGCGGCAGCCUCGCUGAUGGCGGAAUUGAUCUGAAUAUGGAGCAGGGAAUGGCAGAGCACCUGAAGGAUACGAUUUUGCUUACUGCCAUUGUCCAAGUGCUCAGUUGUUUUUCCCUCUAUAUGUGGUAUUUCUGGUUCUUGGCUCCGGGGCGAGCACUCUAUCUCCUUUGGGUUAACCUUCUGGGUCCUUGGCUCACUGCGGAAUCUCCAGCUGCCAAUCAAGAGCCCAACGAGAAGAAACAGCGUCGGCAAGAACGCCGGCAGAUGAAACGGUUUUAGCUGCGCUCCUGGGUCUCCCAUGUGGCUGUUUAUCAGGGAUUUGAACCAAUCAGAAAACAUCAGGGGGGGGGGGUUUCUCUCUGCUGGCCAUUGCUCUUCUCCUGACAUCUGUUCAUCCUAAGGCCAUAUGGCUUGCAGUGGGAGGGA